AUGACUAGUUCAGGGUGUGACUAUGUGCAAAUCUACACAUACUCUUUGGAUAAUGUUAAGACGCAUGCUCCGAAGCCCUUUACGACGGAGGCGGCACUUGAAUGGUGUGACGGAAGUGUUAAUUGCGGGGUUUUUAUUUCAUUUUGUUUUGUUUUGCGCCGAGUUCGGUAUGAGGGAAGAAUUUCAGGGCUACGGAACACGUGCCAAUGGGGAGCCCUUUGAAUUUUUAAUGGCAGUUGAUUAUCCCCCUCUUACUUCGAUCACUCCUGUGUUAGACGCUGCUGAGAUUGCCGACAAUCUUGGGUCUCUACAUAAAGUUUACUUGAAAAUCGACUCGGCUCCCGAAAUUUGUCCUGCAUCUUCGCUCAGUUUCGUAACGGUUCGUUUUCUUUCUUUCGAGACUAAUUCCACCGAAUGACACCUUUUAUGGUUUUGAAAAAGCAAAAAGGGUUCCCUGAACUCUAAUGUUAUAUCAAAUAAAAGUAUUUUGAAUUUUGGAACUUCCAAAACUUCGACUCGAAUAAAAUGAGUCAUUGUUUUUCGUACCAGCCGAUCUUUUUUCUUUUGUCAUCAUUUUACAGGAUGACAGAAGAAAAUUUUUCCGGAAAGUUUAUACCAAAACCAUUCUUUUUGGAGCGUAACCAUUUCAAAAAAGCUUUUCGAUUUCUAAAGAUCAAGACGCCGCUCAAUUAUUCUUCAGUGUUCUAUUCUAGGUCAGAAAAGGUUCCUGCGUAAAUUACGAAAAUGGCUUAGGAGACAGAAAAGUCGCUCAACACACGUUCUCCGAGAAACCCGAUGAACUGGGAAAUCUGAUGGUACAAUAAUUUUUAAGUUUGAUUUUUCGAGCGUGAAACCCUACUACAAACGCUGUGCAACCUUCUCAACUAAUUAUACCGGGUUCCGACAGGCUCCGACCACUCUUACGGUUUCUGGCGGCGAAAAUACGGCAAAGAGCUGACUUUUUCUUUCCUAGUGAAGCGAUUCGGUUCAAAAAUUUUCAAAUCUGAAACAAAAACUCAAAAUGAAACCUAACUUUCAAGGAAUUUGUGUAUAAACCUUGUUUGAACCGAAACACUUGAAUAGGAAAAGAGUUAUCUCUUCACGGUAUUCUUGUAACUGUAACCGUAAGAGGGGGCGGAGCCUGGUGUCAUUAGUUGAGUGGGUUUGUGGUGUGAAUUUCCGUUCGAAAAAAAACUCGAAAAUUAUUGUACCAACCGACUUACGAAAAAAAACGUUUAUUAAGCUGUUUGCGCAUUGAAAUAAGCUAUUGAAUCAAAUCCAAACGAAAAUCGGUUAAAUAUUUUUAAAAAAUUAGAUCUGAAUUUACUCUAAACUUGAAGCGCAAACUUUGACUCAUUAAUAUAAAAACCACGUUUCGACGGUGGACGUAGAAAGAGGGUCACCAGAACGGUUUAUUUUUUUGGUUUCUUCUUUUCUUAAAACUUUCGAAAUUUUGCUUCAAAAUUCACAUUUGCAAUAGCCUUGGAGCGAGUGGUCUUGUGGAUACCGAGGGUAUUUGUGCGGAUGUUACGAGCGAGAGACUCGAUGGCGUCUUCAAACUGGGGACUCCCUUUUUCAGUUAGUUUUAGGAAGCCAAGCAAAUUUAUGCCUUUUGCAGCCGUCAAAAACCAACUUUCGACUAGGCUUUUGCUCAAUAAUUCUUAACUAUUGACCAGAUUUCAAUACUUUGAAAAACUAUGGUUGAAAAACAAAAUCCUUGCCCGAAGAAGUUGAAACCGGGUGCUUUAGAAAAAUUUGCUUUGAGGUUAAAAUUUUGAAGGAUAAAGAUUGAAAUCAUUAUUUUCAAGAAUUAAAAGAUGUCAGUUUCGUUAAGAGCGCCUUUUGACGGCUGUAGUUGAUCCUUACCGACUCAUAAGUCAAGAUGCGUAGAUUGGCAAAGGUGACGCGUUGCGUGUGCGACGCGGCUUUGGGAGAGGGAGGGGGGCAAAAAAACGAGGAGAAGGAAGUUAGAACCAGGAAUGCACGAGACGAGGUUUUUUUUCAUCUCGAGACGAGAUCGCGACAAAAUCAAGACAAUUCGAGAUGAAAAAAAACUAAGUUUUUGUUUCGAAAUAACACUUAAAAACGACCGAAAUUCAAAAACAUGCGAGAAAUUCUCUUUAUUGAGAGCUAUUACGCAAAAUAUGAAACUGCGCUGUGGUUUUUUUUGACGUUAUAACCGGAACGUCAUAUAUGGCGCCUUAUUUUUGACUUUCAGCGUAAAAAAUAUUUUUUUUUUCAUCUCGAAAUAUCUCGAGACGAGAUCGUGUCUCGUGCAUUUCUGGUUAGAACCAUGUUUUCAACUUGAUCAUCAACAGUUUGAAAACCUUAAAAAAUAUAAAAUUAUUGAAAAACGGUCACAAAAGGAGAACAAGCUCGCGUUUGACCUCAGAAAGCCGCGUCGCACACGCAACGCAUCCCAAUCAACCCAUCUCGUCUGUCCAGUCGGGAAAAAAAAAUUGAUUGCCAAAAAUGUAAAAUUUCAGGCAUGAAGUCGAAGUGAAAAAUGAAUGCUGCAUGAGCGCCGCGCCAUGUAGCUAUUCCGAUGAAGGUGCCUGCGACAGUGGCUUCCAAGUCGUUAAUAAUAAUUGCACGGCUGUUUGA